GGGCCCGGCACUGGCGGGACGGGCAUGAGGAGUGGGGGAACGCAAAGCCGCCAGCGCCCCCCGCCCGGGGCCGGUGCGCCGUGGGCAGCGCGGCGGAGCCCGACGCUCCGCCGGUCCUGAGGCGCCGGCUCCCGGAGACAUCGCGCUGGUCCCCGGUGACUUGCCGCCGCCGCCGCUCGGUCCGCCGCCGCCCGUCCCGUCCCGCCGGGGCCGCUUGGGGGGGGACCUGGGCUAUGCGGUGGUGGCUGCGCGCCGCCGUCCUCAGCCUGCUCGCCGGUGCUGAGGGCAGCGGGCAGAGCGAGUCCCGGGCUGUGGUGGGGCGAGUCGGGGAGAGCACGGUGCUGGGCUGCGACCUCCUGGACGCCCACGAGGCCCGUCCCCCACUCUACGUGAUCGAGUGGGUCCGCUUCGGCUUCGUCCUCCCCAUCUUCAUUAAGUUCGGGCUCUAUUCACCACGCGUUGACCCGGAGUACAUCGGUCGGGUGCGGAUCGAGGAAGGUGCCUCGCUGCGCAUCGACCUCCUGCGCGCUGAGGACCAGGGCUGGUACGAGUGCCGCGUGCUCUUCCUCGACCGGCACAGCACUGACGCCGACUUCCAGAACGGCACCUGGAUCCACCUCACCGUCAACGCACCCCCCACCUUCCUGGAGACCCCCCCUGCCUUUGUGGAGGUGCGGGACCGGGACCCCCUGAGCCUCACCUGCACGGCUGUCGGCAACCCCCAGCCUGUUGUCAUCUGGAAGAGGAGUGACCUGGCUGUCCAGAGUGGGGACACAGUGCAGGUGAGGAACGGGACGCUGAGCAUUGCUGUCGUGGAGCGCACCAACGCAGGCACCUACACCUGCCAUGCUUCCAGCAAGGAGGGCACCAUCACCCACACCACCCGCGUGCUCGUGCAGGGGCCACCUGUCAUCGUGGUGCCACCCCAGAAUGUCACUGUCAACAUCUCUCAAGAUGCCUUUCUGGCGUGCCAGGCUGAGGCGUAUCCAGGAAACCUCACCUACACCUGGUUCCAGGGCAGCACCAAUGUCUUCCAUCUCAGCCGCCUCCAGCCUCGGGUCCGUGUCCUGGUGGACGGAAGUCUCCUGCUCCAGCGAACGACCCCAGACGAUGCUGGCAAAUACACCUGCGUCCCCAGCAACGGGCUGUGGAAGCCACCGUCCGCCUCGGCCUUUGUCACGGUGCUGUAUCCAGCGCAGGUGACCACCAUGCGCCCCGAGACCCACCUGCCCAAGGGGAUGCAGGGUGUGAUCCACUGCCCCACCAGGGCCAACCCCCCCCUGCUCUCCGUCAGCUGGACGAGGGAUGGGCGCCCACUGCAGCUGGACAAGCUCCCUGGCUGGUCCAUAAGACCGGACGGCUCCAUUGUCAUUGCGACGGGGAACGAUGACGCGCUGGGAGUGUACACAUGUACCCCCUACAACAGCUACGGCACCGCCGGCGAGUCCCAGCCCACGCGUGUCCUGCUGAAGGACCCCCCUGCCUUCUCAGUGCGCCCCAAGGAGGAAUACUUCCAGGAGGUGGGCCGGGAACUGGUGAUCCCCUGUGCUGCCCGUGGGGAUCCCCCCCCAACUGUCACCUGGCUGAAGGUGGGCAGUGUGGGGCAGAGCGGCGCCCAGGUGGAUGGGAACAGCAGCCUCAUCUUCCGCCCGCUCGUCAAGGAGCAGCACGGGCUCUGGGAGUGCACAGCCACCAACCAGGUGGCCAGUGUCAGUGCCACCACCUCUGUCCAUGUGCUGGGUACCAGUCCUCAUGCUGUCACCAACGUCUCUGUGCUCCCGCUCCUGCUGGCAGCCAACAUCUCCUGGGAGCCGGGCUUUGAUGGGGGUUAUUUCCAGAGGUUCAGCGUCUGGUACACACCUCUGGUGAAGCAUCCGCCCCGAGCCCAUCAUGACUGGGUGUCGCUCUCGGUGCCGGUGGGGGCUCAGCAUCUCUUGGUGGAGAAUCUACAGCCAGACAUGAGCUACCAGUUCAGCGUCCUGGCCCAGAACAAGCUGGGCAGCGGCCCCUUCAGCCAGAUCGUCACCUCCGUGCCCAGGGGCUUCCCAGUGACCACAGUGCCUCCAGAGCCGCCGGCCGUGACCGUGCACGUCUUCCUGUCCCCGCCACAGGCUCUGACUGCCAACGAGACUGUGCGAGGGGUCCUGCUGCAGUGGGAGCCCCCCUCUCAGUUCUCGGUGGCGCUGAGCGGUUACGCACUGGAGCUGCGGCAGGACAAGGGGGGUUGGGAGGUGCUGGACCGCUCCAUCCCCAGCACCAAGACCCAGGUCCUGGUGCCUGGACUCAUCAAGGACGCCUUCUACGAGUUCCGACUGGUGGCCUUUGCUGGCAGCUACAUCAGUGACCCCAGCAACACGGUGAACGUCUCUACAGCAGGCAUGGAGGUGUAUCCGUCCCGCACCCAGCUGCCGGAGCUCCUGCCGCAGCCGGUGCUGGCGGGGGUCAUCGGGGGGAUCUGCUUCCUCAGCGUGGCUGUCAUCUUCAGCACUAUGGCCGCCUGCAUCAUGAACCGCCGGCGCGCCGCUCGCAUGCAGAAGCGGAGACAAGAUCCACCACUCGUCUUCUCCCCCAGCAAGAAGCUUCCACCUCCACAAAAUUCUCAUGGCUCUGGUAGCCCAGACAGCACCGUGAAGCUGAAGCUGCAGCCAUCUCCCUACCGCAGCCUGCGCCGGACGCUGCUGUGGGGCGAGAAGGCUGGCACCAGCCUAGGUCUCAGCAUCGCCGGCUCCCGGUACGCUGUGUACGAGAGCCACGUUGGGGAGCAUGUGCCCCUGGAACGGAUCUGCCGCGGCCCCGAUGGACGCUUCGUGGUGGAGACCGAUGCGCGGCCACAGGAGAGCAGCUUUGGGGCACUGCCCUACGCCGAGCCGGAGCGGGACCCCCAGCACGGCCCCCCAGCGCCACAGCCCCAGCCCUAUCUCCAGCUGCCCAAAGAGGAGGAGGAGGAGGAGCCCAUCUGGCGCAAGGGGGUCUCACUGCGCCCCCGGCCCGCAGGCCAGUCCCGACGGGGAGCUCGGGCCGCCGGCUACCGCCAGGGCCGCUACUUCGGCUACGGCAGCAGCAGCCCCGUGGACGAGGCGGCGGCGACUCUGUGCAUCGUCAACAUCAGCCCGGUGGCCUCUGCCACCACCCUGCCUUACAGCACCAUGGAGGAGCUGCGCCACAGCCCUGGCGGCCCUGGGCCCUGCCCCAGCACUGCCAGCGCCCUGUGGGACUCGCUGUCCCUCCAGGGCUCCCCCCGGGCCUCCCUUGGACCCCCAGUGUCUCUCAGCCCCAGCCUGGGGUGCAGUCAGCCACAGGCCACCUCCCCAGUCCAGAGCAGCAUCCUCCAGUACCUGAGCCUGCCCUUCUUCAAGGAGAUGUGUGUUGAUGGUGACUGGCCACCCCCAGAGGAGCCGGCAGAGCCCAGCCAUGCCAGUGGCCAGCCAGAGCCCACCAAUAGCCCCCCACUCACCCAGCCAGGGGCUGGGGGCUCCCCGCAGCACACGGGACGGACGCUGUGCCCAGACUGCAUUGACACAAGUGCCAACACCACCUCCCCCCCAGCCGCUGCUUUCCUCAAGCCCCCGAGGCUGCCAGUGGGUCCUGCCAAGGCCUCGCUGCCUGGCACCCCCUCCUGGCACAGCUCCCCCGGCCCUGGGGCUGGCCUGCAGCCCCCCACCCUCCUGGCUCACCCCCUCCCUGUCGGCAGCAGCAGGACUGAGGCUGUGCCCUCCACUGGCACCGUGGAGCCCCGAUGGGCACCGGGCCGCUCACCGGACCCUGUGCCCCUGGAGAAGCUGCCACGGGGCAGUUUGACCAGCCAGAGCAGUGGCCGGGGCAGCGGCUCCUUCCUGCGACCCCCCUCGCUGGCACCCUCCCUGGGGGGCACCCGCCUCGGGGACGGGGGCAGCUGGCACAGCGGGGGCUCGGCGGCGGAGGAGGGCAGGGCCAGGAUGGAUCCGGCGCUCGGCGGCACCGGGAAGAGGAGGGACACCUCCGUGGAUGAGAACUACGAGUGGGACGCGGAGUUUGCCCUGGAGUCCGACAUCCUGGAGGCCCUGCAGCUCUACCGCUGUGGGGACCCGCCACGGCCCGUCUCCACCAUCGCCCUGCGUGACCUGGAGAGGCAGAAGCCCGGCGGCGGCUCCUCCCCGGUGAGCUCGGUGUCGGCGGAGGCGUUGGCGGCAGCGGGCGGCCCCCCGGAACGCAGCACGGCCCUGCGCCAGGAGCUGGCGGCGUCCCGGCGGCGCAGGGAGGGGGCCCGGCAGCGGCUGGGCCCCCGCGGGUGCUGCGCCGAGCGCUUCGAGCUGGCCACGCUGCUCUAGGGAACCCCCCGGGAC